ACUUGGACACGUUGCUCAGAUGCUCAGCGUAAUUUUCUAAAGUUGUUCCUCAGCGCGUUGCCAGUGUUGCAUUUACAGUCCGCUCAGUCAAACCGGCAGAAGAUGCUGCGCUGAACGCAUCCGUCCAGGUUCAGUCAGCGCACCACGGAACGCAACACGGACGAGCCGAGGUUAGGAUCGACUCCUUUAGCCAUGUUAGCUGCAACAUGUAACAAAAUAGGGAGUCCGAGCCCUUCACCGUCUGCCAUUUCGGAUAACUCCUCAUCAUUUGGGAAAGGUUUCCACCCGUGGAAAAGAGCCGCCGCUACCAGCAGCUGCAGCCUGGGAUCCGGCCUGUCCGGCUUUGGGGUGUCACGCAAUGGAUCCGGCAUCUCGGACUCUUUCGGCACCAACAGCUCCACCGGAUCCAGCGCGUUCUCCCUCACGUCUGGCACCUCUUCUAGUUCACACUUUGGAAACGAUUAUUCAGUAUUCCAGGCGUCGGUUACCAGCAGCUCCCAAGAAUCCAGCCACCAGCCGGUUUUCAUCUCCAAGGUGCACACGUCAGUGGACAGUUUGCAAGGUAUCUACCCCAGGAUGAGCGUUGCGCAUCCGUACGAGUCCUGGUUCAAGUCAUCUCAUCCCGGUAUCCCCACGGGAGAUGUUGGAACCACCGGUGCGUCAGCGUGGUGGGACGUCGGAGCCGGUUGGAUUGAUGUUCAAAACCCUAACGGAGCGGCACUACAAUCGUCCUUGCAUUCCAGUGGACUCCAGGCGUCCUUGCACUCACCUCUGGGCGGAUAUAAUUCUGACUACUCCAGUUUAAGUCACUCUGCUUUCAGUACAAGCCCCUCUCCACACCUGUUGACAACCGGCCAACAUCUGAUGGACGGUUUCAAACCGGUGCUGUCCUCUUAUCCGGACACAAGCCCCUCUCCGUUAACCGGAGCAGGGGGGACUAUGCUGUCCGGAGGUCCACCCGCGUCUUUAGCGGGUUCUCCGAGGUCAUCUGCACGGCGCUACUCGGGCAGAGCCACCUGCGACUGUCCAAACUGCCAGGAGGCGGAAAGACUGGGACCGGCGGGAGCCAGCUUGCGGAGAAAAGGUCUUCACAGCUGCCACAUCCCCGGCUGUGGGAAGGUCUACGGAAAAACGUCGCACCUAAAGGCGCAUUUGAGGUGGCACACCGGCGAGAGACCGUUUGUGUGCAACUGGCUCUUUUGCGGGAAGAGGUUCACGCGUUCUGAUGAGCUCCAGCGACAUUUACGCACGCACACCGGCGAAAAACGGUUCGCCUGUCCGGUUUGCAACAAAAGAUUUAUGCGUAGCGAUCACCUGAGUAAACACGUAAAGACUCACAGCGCCGGAGGGUCCGUCGGAUCCGGCUCCGGGGGCAGCGGAGGGAAGAGAGGGAGUGAUACCGACAGCGAGCACAGCGCGCCGGGAAGCCCUCCGUGCCACUCUCCCGACUUAUUACACCCAUCCGAGACAGCGCAGGCAGUGGGCAUGAACGGCCUCUAAAUGCCCCCCCCCCCCCCCCCCCAAAAAAAAGAAACACAAAGGGGAAUAAUACUGCGGGUACGCGCAACGCUCCAUCACGAGCGCCACUUUACGCGUUUUGACUUCUCAACGUGUUUCAGACUAAAUCCAUAACUGUACCAUCCGCGG